AUGAAUCAUGAUCACCAAAAAUUGACAAGUGUCGGAAUUCAUGAAUCUUCAUUGUUCGUAUUAGCGAAUGCCAUCAUUGUGGAUCCUUCCAAUCCACAAUACGCAUUGGAUCGAUUGGAUUGGAAUCAGAGAGUUGCUGCAAAAAAUCCUUCAGCCAUUGUCUAUUGCAAAAACGAGCAAGAUGUGGCUCAUUGGAUUUCCUAUGCGAGAAAUGAAAGAGCAAAGAAUGAAUCCUAUCACUUUUCAAUUCGCAGUGGAAGACAUUCCUAUGAAUCCUAUUCAGUGAAUAAUGGUGGAAUUGUCAUUGAUGUCUCUCGAAUGAAAUUCACAAAAAUUGAUCAAUUGAACCAACGAGUGACCGUUGGAGCUGGUAUGCGAAAUUUUGAAAUUUAUCAAUCGUUGUGGUUUCAUGGUGGUGGUGGUGAGGAUCAUUCUUCAGAAGAGGAACAGGCAAUGGAAAGAUAUGCCUUCACUGGUGGAACUUGUCCAACUGUGGGCGUAGGUGGAUUUGCAUUGGGUGGUGGCUUUGGAUAUUUAGCGAGACACUAUGGACUUGCCAUUGACCAAUUAUUGUCCAUUCAAAUGGUUACUUUUGAUUCCAAAGUAUUAACUGUGAAUCAAACGAAUGAAUAUAGAGAUUUAUUUUGGGCACUUCGAGGAGGAGGAAAUGGUAAUUUUGGAGUCGUCAUUUCCUUUACAUUCAAAUUAAUCAAAGCGCCACCCUUUGUGGUCAAGUAUGAUUUAGAAUGGUCCAACUAUGAUCACCUGGAUCAAGUAUUUUCCAUAUGGCAAGCAUUGAUUACAAAAAUGGAUUCACGUCUCACGUUUCAAUUCACCAUUUACAAUGGAACUUUUGCAUCACAAGGCUUAUUUGUGAAUGGAAGUGAAGAGGAAUUGAAAGAAUGGUUACAUCCACUCCUCACUGCAAGUACCAACAAUUUACGUAAAAUGGAUUUUAAAGUCUAUUCCUAUUGGGACAGCGUUUUGGAAUAUGCAGGAUGUAAGACUCUGCAAGAAUGUGAAGCCAUGAUGAAAUCAGAACCAUCACUUGAACAUCCCAUCUUGUACAAGACGAAAAGUGCCUAUGCCUUUCGUGCAUUGUCCAGUGAAGCCAUUCAGCAAUUUGCAAAUAUUCUCUCUUCUCCCUACACGUAUGCUGCAUUGGAUCAUUCCUUCUCAUGUGUUCAAUUUGAUUCAUAUGGUGGAGCCAUUCCACAGGUUUCUUCUAAGGAGACUGCCUUUCCGCAUCGAAAUGCUCUUUUCCAUGCUCAAUAUAUGAUUUAUUACAACCAACGGGCACUCACUCCAUUGGCAGAGGAUUGGAUUCAUUCCUUCUAUGAAAAAACAGCUCCCAAAUAUCUUUCUAGAUUUUCCUAUGCUAAUUAUUGUGAUGCACAACUGCGUAAUUAUGAAUAUUCGUAUUAUGGAGAGAAUAUGUGGGAAUUAAGAAGAAUCAAACAAAAGUAUGAUCCUCUCAAUUUGUUCCGAUAUGAACAAUCGAUUCAGUUUCCUUAG